GGCUCUCUGGGGGGUAAGUAAAGCGCAGGUGCGGCUGGCUUGGGUAGCAGCUUCAUCUAGUAGCGGACAUUUGUGGCAGCAGUAUCCACAGCAGGUGUCAACAGGUCCCACCGGACUCCACCCUGGAAAGUCCUUUUGAAGAGAUGGCCCUGGUGAGGGGCGGCUGGCUCUGGAGACAGAGCUCCAUCCUCCGCCGCUGGAAGCGGAAUUGGUUCGCUCUGUGGUUGGACGGCACACUGGGUUACUACCAUGAUGAGACUGCCCAGGAUGAGGAGGACCGUGUACUUAUCCACUUCAACGUCCGAGACAUAAAGGUCGGCCAGGAGUGUCAGGAUGUGCAGCCCCCAGAGGGCAGGAGCCGAGAUGGCCUGCUGACCGUGAACCUACGGGAGGGUUCCCGCCUGCACCUGUGCGCGGAGACCCGGGAUGACGCCAUAGCAUGGAAGACAGCCCUGAUGGAGGCAAACUCCACCCCGGUACGUGUCUACAGCCCAUAUCAGGACUACUAUGAGGUGGUGCCCCCGAAUGCGCAUGAGGCCACAUAUGUCCGCAGCUACUAUGGACCACCUUAUGCAGGUCCUGGUGUGACACACGUGAUAGUUCGAGAGGAUCCCUGCUACAGCUCAGGCGCCCCUUUGGCCAUGGGCAUGCUUGCUGGGGCUGCCACAGGUGCUGCUCUCGGCUCACUUAUGUGGUCCCCUUGCUGGUUCUGAGCCCUGGGGCUCAGAUUGCUGGAUGUGCAUGUAGAACACAAGACCCUUUCCUUCUGGAUCCUCUGCUAUCUACCAUCUAAACUGUCCCAUUUUGACCCCUUUCUCUCCAUUAAGCCCUCUAUGCUUGGCCCAUUCCUCCACCACUUAUCCUCUCCCUCAGAGGAAGCUAACAUCUCAGGCACAGACAUAGCCUAAAGUUCCUACAUCUAUUGCCAGGCACCCCCGUAAAUCACAUGUGAAUUUCCUCUACACACAGCAAACAUAACUUCAUUUGGCUCUAAGUGUCUGAGGAAUGGUGCUCACAAGAGAGUGAACAAUAAAGCUACAGUUAUCUGUCUGGCAAGGAUAAGUGGGGGCAAGGAGCAAGGAUGCCCAAAGAAUCAAAUAACAGUUGGCUUGGCAUUGUGGCAGGGGUUGGAUUGUAGUGGUCCUAGUUCUAGGCGAAGGAGCUUGCUUGAUAAAGGCAUGAUGGGGCUUUUUAUGGAGUGAAGUUCUUAAUUUCAACUGUAAUGAAUACCUUAGCUGUCUAGUUAGCACUGGCAGAACAUACCCUUAUCCAAAUCACAGAACUUGGUACCUUUUCCCCAUUUGUAGCUUCUCUAUGAUAGCUGAGCUAACCCUAAGGGUUCCUAGCUGUGGGAAUAGGUAAGCUCUUUGGGACCUCCAGCCUUAGGAAGUUCCUUCCAUUAGGAAAUGCCUUUCUGAUCCCAGGAGCUCAGCUCGAUGGCACUGUUAACAUCUGAAGCGUAGUCUCUUCCUUCACUCUGGAGGGAGAUGGCAUUAUUUUGCUCUUGGGGCCUGAUCCACCUUGGUACCAGCCUGGGGAACCCUUCAUGUGCCUGUCUGUAGGUGGCAAGCAAUCUCUCCAUUUGAUCCUGUUCCAAACGAUUCCAUUACCCUUUCCCAAUUGCCAAUAGAAAAGCUAAAAUCCCUGGCUCAGUGGCCAGAGUGCCCACUAAAAUUCCUAGCAUAUGCGAGCGCUCUGUUGGCUUAGCUGCAGACACUAAUAAAGGCAUGAUUGGCCCCAGAACUGGCUUUGCUUGUUUUGUUCCUCUUAGGAUAACUCUGUGACCCAGCAUCUACUGGUAGAUGCAUUAUGAGUUUAGGUGGAAUUGAUGUGAGCUGAACAAUUUGGGACAAUUUAUUAUCUAUUUUGCUUUUCCUACCCAUAGCACGGCAGAUGAAGUUGGUUAUCUCUUAAGAGUCAAAAGAGGCUCUAUCAGGAUCUCUGUUCUAUGAGCUAAGGUGAUAAUCCAGAGCUGGCACUGCCUGCCA